UUUAUUUCCAUUUUUUCCCUGAAAUUUCCAUCUCUUUAUUCAUUUGCUCUCUUCCUUUUAGAGUUGCGCUUCGAACACAAAAUAUUCCAGAUUUAUUCGAACUCAGUGCUGAAUUGGACUGCCUAGCGUUGUAAUUUCAUUUGUCGGAACCAGUCGUUAUACAAUACUUUGCUGAAAAUAAGGCACCCGUUUGGUUUAAUCAAUUUUCAAUUAUUCGAGCUUGAAAAAUGGACGAAGAGAAGAAGAAGAAGAAAAAUAAGAAAAAGAAAAGCAAGCAAAAUAAAACAACCGAUGAUGUGGCCUCCAGUAGAGAAACAGCUUCUUUGGAAAAUAAUCAUGUCACACCCGUUGAGCAGAGUCAUUGUCUGCCAAUAUCAGGGAGUGAAGAUGAUCAGACAUCUGGAAUGAUGGAGAAAGAUGUAAAUCUGGACAGACAUCAAAGCAAUGCUCCAGAAGGCGUUAGAUUGGAAGAGAAAGUCAGGCAAUUACAAAUCGAAAAGGAUUUCUUUAUCCAGAGAGAGGUUGUUCUAGAGAAUAAGAUAAUGUGCUUACAGAGUGAAAAGGAUUCUUGGCUCCAAAAGGAGGUCAGUUUCGAGGGGAAAAUCAAACAGUUAUUAGAUGAGAAAUCAUUCUUGAUUCUAAAAGGGGCCAGCUUUGAGGAUACAAUUAAGCGUUUAAAGAGUGAGAAAGACUCUUUGAUCCUAAAGGAGAAUUCAACAAAGGAAAUGGUUGCUAAGUUAAAUGAGGAUAAUAUAGAGCUACAAACCCAGGUGAAGGAGUUGGAAGAAUCUAGGAUCAGUCUCUUACAAGAAAACCGACAGUUGAUGGAAAAAAUAUCUAUUUUACAAUCAGAGAUUCAGCACCUUGAGAUGGAGACUUCCCUUUCUGCAUCCUCAACAAAAGAGAUGAUGAAACAUGCAUCAGCGAAUGAGGAUCUCAACACUCAGAUGGAAGGAGCGCGUGCAUUAGUAGACAAAUUGAUCAUAGAAAAUGCUGAGCUUGUUGAAAAGGUGAAUGAAUUAUACAGUGAGCUUCAUGGAGAUACUACAACCAGGCAUUCUUCAACUGGGGGAUUUGAUCCACUAAUAGUUUCUGAAACUGCCACCAUUGCUAAUGAUGCAUCUGAAUUUAGUGAGAAGAUGCCUGACUCAGGCGAAAUGGAAUCUAUGGUAAACAUUCAAAUAAAAGAGAAGCCUACUAUUAAUAACAUGGAUAGUGUUGCCAGCACCAACCAGAUCGAAGAAUUGCCAGGAUCUUCUGAAGCUGGUGAGUCUGAAGAAAUUAUGCAGGUUCCAUUGGAUGAGCAUGAAGUUCGUGAGCGGGAUGUGCAAGCAGUGUAUACUGAUGAAGAGGCUGAUGUUCCCCUCUCAGAUGCUCCACUCAUUGGGGCUCCUUUCCGACUAAUAUCCUUUGUUGCUAAAUACGUGAGUGGUGCAGAUUUGGUUAACAAGAACGCUUCAGGAUCCACUCGGUAGCUGCUGGCAUUUUGUCGAGAAAUUCUUUCCUGUUCGUUCUUUUUUACUUCAUGUUGUUCUUGUUCUUGUUCUUGUUCCUGUUCCUAUUUUUUCCCCUUUAUAAAUUAGGAUUAAAAGUAUUUUAAGUGUA